AUGGCCUUCACAAUGCCAACAACCUCAACACUGAAGACAACCUACAUAGCAGAGACGACCUCCACAGAGGAGGCAACCUCCACAGCAGCAAUGACCUCUGUAGCAGAGACGACCAUCACACCAUCAACCAUCAUAGCAGAGAUGACCUCCCUAGUGGAGAUGACCACCACAGCAUUAACAACCCCCACAGCAGAGACAAGCUCCCCAGCAGAGACAACCGCUGCAGCAUCAUUCUCCUCCCUAGAAGAGACGUCCUCCCCAGUGGAGACAGCCACCACAGUGCACAUGGUUACCACAGCAGAAGAGAGCACACCAGGUGCCCACCUGCGGCUGGUCGGCGGGAGGAAUGGCUGUGAGGGCCGCGUGGAGGUGUACAACGGCAACAGCUGGGGAACGGUGUGCGACGACUUGUGGGACCUGAGUGAUGCCCAGGUGGUGUGCCAGCAGCUGGGCUGUGGCCAGCCCAUGGCCGCCCCGGGCAACGCACACUUCGGCAGCGGCUCCGGGAGCAUCUUCCUGGAUGACGUGCUUUGCCAUGGGGACGAACUCUCUCUCCAGACAUGCAGGCACAGCGGCUGGGGCGUGCACAACUGCAGGCACAUAGAGGAUGCCAGCGUCAUCUGUGCAGCACCUUAUUUUUGUGGUGGCUCAAUCUCAGAUUCCUCUGGGAUGCUGCAGAGCCCAUUCUACCCUGGAAGUUAUCCGAACAACGCUGACUGCGUGUGGGAAAUACAAGUAGAGAACAACUUCCGUGUUGUGCUCACGUUUAGAGAUAUUGUGAUGCAAAGCAGCAGAUGCCAGGAUGACUACAUUGAACUCUAUGACGGGCCUCCUCACUCUUCCCCACUUCUUGGGAGACUUUGUUCUGGUUCCUUUCCCACCUACGUAUCCUCUUCAAACAUGAUGACCAUUCGCUUUCACAGCGAUUCUAGAUACACCUUCAGAGGGUUUCAGGCUCACUACUCCUCCAUUCCAGCAGAUCACAACACUACCCUUCAGUGCUUGCCAGACUACAUGCAUGCGGUGGUUAGCAGAGACUAUCUCCAGUCUCAAGGUUACUCGGCACAGAUGGUCACCCUGAAUGACAAUCACUGUGAACCAACAGUCACCUCACAGGAGGUUAUCUUCAAUAUUCCCUACAAUGGCUGUGGGACUAUGCGAGAGGAGAACAAUGAUACAAUCAACUAUUCCAACAUGAUCAAAUUUAGAUCUUCUGGGUCCAUAAUCAAGAGGAAAAAGGAUAUUCACUUACAUAUCAGUUGCAAAAUGCUACAGAAGACAUGGAUACAAUUAAUGUAUGUUGCUGAGGAUACUGUAGACGUGCAUGAAAAUCAGUUUGGAAGAUAUGAUGUGAACAUCACUUUUUAUGACUCCUCAUCAUUCUUACAUCAAGUGCAUGACUUCCCAUACUACAUUGACUUGAACCAAAAUUUGUACCUUCAAGUUUAUCUUCACAGCUCUGACCCAAAUCUGGUGGUGUUUGUGGAGGCAUGCAUGGCAUCACCUGAUCCACAUGAUUUUAGCACUCUCACCUAUAAUAUACUCGAGAACGGAUGUGGAGAUUCUUCCUAUGCCACAUACUCCUUCCCUGACAGCCACUUUGCUCGGUUCACAUUUAAUGCCUUUGAGUUCAUUAGCCGUCAUCCGUUAGUCUACCUGCAGUGUGAGCUGGUGGUGUGCAGGCUCCGUGACUAUUCCUCCCGCUGCUACCAGGGCUGCAUUAGCAGAUCCAAGAGACAUACGAGUCCCGCUGAGGAAAAAGUGAACGUGGUUGUUGGACCACUUCAGCUUCGAGAAGGGGGUGCUCAGACAACUUGCAAACCCCCUGUUGUCACCUGCAUGUCUACAAAGUGUAACUGCUUUGGCUGUCCCAAAGGAGAGGUUGUGUGGGAUCAGUGUUAUGCCACCCACAUGGUGAAGCCUGGUGCCUGCAAACACGAGGACGUCAAGAACCAGGAGUGCGCGGAGGCCACUGCCUUUGCUCUUUUUGAAUGA